GAGCAGAUGACGUGCGGGGUCUCUGUCCAUUCCUGUGUAGUCCCUAGUCUCGGGGAGGGGGAGGUUCGUGACUCCGCAGGCAAAGGCGGCGGUACUGUGAGCCGCCUCGCAAAUAUCUCGUCCUCUCUUUCCCCUCGCGUGGGAGUGCGCUGGCGUGUAGGCCUCAGCAACAGCCAGGAGGAGGCGGAGCUGACGCGAGCGGACCGGCGGGUUCAGGUCCCUCCUUCCUCCACCCUUUUUCCUCAAUUCUUUCUUUUUCUUGCGCCUUCCUUUCGUCUUUCUCCUGUGCGUCGCGCGUUUCAUUCCGCACCGCUGCCGCAGAAAGGAAGUGGUGGUGGCACCACCAGCUUCGUGUCCCACGUCCUCUUGCCCUUCGCUCUCCUAGAAACAGUCUGAAGCCAUCUGCAGCGUCUCCGACAUCGACCGUGGGGUUUCUCGCUCCACCCCCUGCCUGGAGCAGCAUUGAAAUGGCUCAAGAGACAAACCAGACCCCAGGGCCCAUGCUGUGUAGUACAGGAUGUGGAUUUUAUGGAAAUCCUAGAACAAAUGGCAUGUGUUCUGUUUGCUACAAAGAACAUCUUCAGCGACAGCAGAAUAGUGGUAGAAUCAGCCCAAUGGGGACAGCUAGUGGUUCAAACAGUCCUACCUCAGACUCUGCAUCUGUACAGAGAGAAGAUGGUAGCUUAAGCCAGUGUGAAGGUACUGCUAGUAGCACAUCUGGAAAAUCAAGAAAUGUGCUUGUUGCCGCUUUGCCUGUAAUGCAGCAAAUGACAGAAAUGAGCAUUUCAAGAGAGGAGAAAGUAUCACCAAAAACAGAGAUUGAGCCAGUUGUUACUCAACCAAGCCCAUCAGUUUCUCAACCUAGUACUUCACAGAGUGAAGAGAAAGCUUCUGAACUGCCUAAACCAAAGAGGAACAGAUGUUUCACAUGCAGAAAGAAGGUUGGCCUUACAGGGUUUGACUGCCGAUGUGGAAACUUAUUUUGUGGACUUCACCGUUAUUCUGACAAGCAUAACUGUCCAUAUGAUUACAAAACAGAAGCUGCAGCAAAAAUCCGGAAAGAGAAUCCAGUUGUGGUAGCUGAAAAAAUCCAGAGAAUAUAAACUAGCCUACUUGUGAAAAGACUGACUUUUAUUUGUUUUAUUUUAAUAUACCCUAGGAAGGCAUUAAAGAACAGAUGCAUGGCCAUUUUCUUUUGUGCUCCAAAGUUUUAAUUUUAGCCUUGUCUGCCUUAAUGAUAUUUCAGAAUGUGUGUUUGUUACAGGCAGAAUUGAAUAGAUACAGCCCUUGAAAACGCAUAUGCUCUUCUCAGAAUACGAUUGGAAGGUCAGAACCUGCACAGGAAGACACAUGCAAAGAAGACAGGCUCUAGUUCACAUGUGCCAAACAGAUGUAUACUUCGUGUUUGCAGCAGAUCUGCCUUUUGAGCUGUUCAAGGUGUAUAUCACUAUCCAAAGACUGUGCCUGUUUGGGAGAAGGAUUUGCCAGAAAGGCUGGCGGUCUACUUCUAUCCAUUUAAAAUCUUAUUCUACUUUUAGUUUCCACACAUCAUUGUUUUCCAGCAGAAUAUGACAUGUAGAGGACUCUACCACCCAGUAAGAUGUGUUGGUGUCAUAUUUAAUAAAAAAGUCAUUUAGCAAUUGCAAUGAGAAAAAUGGGGGGAAAAAAGAGAUGUGUAAGAAGAAAUCUAUUUUGGAACAGAUAACAUUAACUUUAGAAUCUUGAAAAUGAAAAUAAUUUCCCAAAGGAAAUGUCCUGUUAGAAACUUAAGAACUGACCUGCAACACUUGUCUGCUUUUCCUUGCAUAGCUAAUAACAUUGCGUAGCACAAUAUAGUGCCAGGAUUAACUUACAAAACAAAAGCUAUGUGUGGGAUUUUUAGACAUACCACAGCAACUCUAUCAAGUGACACAUGCAUCUGUGUAAGUUGCAGAAGUAUUUGAGCAGUUUAUUAUUCAUGUACUUCUUAAAUUCAGUGUGUUCUGGGUUCAAAAUAAUAUUGGGAGCUUUUUUUCAAUUAAAAGAAAAGUUUUAAAUGUAAUAGUUGUUGGCUAUGGAAAUCAUACCCAACGUGACUCCAGUAGUCUUAAGUGGGAGCUGGAACCACUCUUGGAGGGCUGGUUUAUCAUUUUUAAUUGUAUUUGGGUGUAGGACUGUAGUGUUCUUGGGUGUAUUGCAUGGGCUCCAUUAUCUACAGCUUUGUAUAAUAACUAGAAAGGGCAGUAGAGUUUACUGAUGCUUGUCUGGUAAUAUCACUUCUGUGUUAUAAUGGAAGGGGUUUUUGUGAUGUAUGAAACUUGUGGGCGUUUUUUAUAUAAUCAAGUAUAGUGUAGAUGAGUGUUGUAAUGCCUCUUCUCAUGUGUAAAUAGUUGUGUAUGUGCACAAGAUGCUACUUAUGAUUUUUAUUGCAGUGUUCAAUCUUAGUUUUUUAGUUCACUAUUAUAAGCAUCAAGCUUUUACUUUACCUUUGUUCUUUCAAUUUAGCAUGUACAGAUAGUUCAUACUUAGGUAUUGCACAUAAUCACAUUAUCCAGCAUCUAUGCUCUGUUGUAUUAUGUAAAUAAUAAAAAUCAUGUACAGAA